CCUGACUGUCCUGUGUUGAUUUACCCCGAUGUAACCUGACUGUAAAGUCAAACGGUACUUACUUUCUCAUCUUUGUCGCCUUAAAUAAAGAGGCGGCAGUACUCGUGUGAACAAUCAUAGAGUCAGAUCGAUUUCGCUUUGAUUGGUUCAAUAAUUCAGCCGUUUGAUUUCUUGUCUUUACAUUGGCAUGUUGUUGCUCUCACUAUCAUCAUCUCCAGGUGCUCCAUUUCUCACUGUGUUACACAGACUGGGCUGCAGCGUGUGCACACAGUAUUUAUUAUUUGCUGAGGGCACAGCACGCUUGAUGCCCACUGCUCCAACAUGGAGCACCCAGAUUUGAUCACGCACAAGAACGGGCGGCAGAGGAAGCCGCUGGGUGUCCCUCUCCCUCCUGGAAACAUGAGGGACAGUGACAGGGGAGAUACGAGCGCCUCUGAGCCAGACGUAGACGAUGAAGCAGAGGGUCUUAUGAGAAGAUCGGACUCAGAGGACAGGAGGCAUCACAGAGUCCAGCCUGGGAUUCGGGGCGAGUUGGGGAACAUAUUGCUCCUUCUGUUCCUCUAUGUGCUGCAGGGGAUUCCUUUAGGACUGGCAGGGAGCAUCCCUCUGAUCUUACAGAGUAGGAGUGUCAGCUACAAAGACCAGGCCUUCUUCAGCUUUGUCUUCUGGCCAUUUAGCCUCAAGCUUCUUUGGGCACCCCUGGUGGAUGCGCUUUACUUCAGCAGGUUUGGCAGAAGAAAGUCAUGGCUGGUGCCCACACAGUACCUGCUGGGCCUCUUCAUGCUCUACCUUUCUGUAUCGGUUAACUCACUGUUGCAGGGUGAGGAAGGUCCAAAUGUGGCGAUGCUUACCGCGGUCUUCUUCAUGCUAGCCUUUUUGGCAGCAACGCAGGACAUCGCAGUGGAUGGCUGGGCUCUGACUAUGUUAUCCAGACAGAAUGUGGGCUACGCAUCUACGUGCAACUCUGUGGGCCAGACAGCUGGAUACUUCCUGGGGAAUGUGCUCUUUCUGGCUCUGGAGUCAGCUGACUUCUGCAACAAAUACCUCAGAAUAGAGCCCAAGGACACGGGCAUUGUCACCUUGUCAGACUUCUUGUUUUUUUGGGGAGUGGUGUUCCUGGUUUCCACAACGCUGGUAGCCAUCUUUAAAAGGGAGAAUGAGAAUAAUAGAGGGAGGAGGAGAGUCCAGGAGGCGACAAAGGGUGUCACGGAAACCUAUAGUUUGCUGUUCUCUAUCAUCAAGAUGCCCACAGUCCUCACCUUUUGCACCCUGCUUCUCACCGCUAAAAUUGGCUUCUCUGCAGCAGAUGCAGUGACCGGUCUGAAGCUGGUGGAGGCUGGAGUUCCCAAGGAGCAGUUGGCAUUGCUGGCAGUGCCCAUGGUUCCUCUUCAGAUCCUUCUACCAGUGGUCAUCAGUAAAUACACAGCGGGGCCCAGACCUCUGGAUGUGUUCUACAAAGCGUACCCUUUUAGGUUGAUCAUAGGACUGGAGUACGCUCUGCUGGUGUUGUGGACUCCCAGUUUAAAACAAGACGGGGGGUUCCCUGUUUACUACUAUGGCAUAGUGCUGCUGAGCUACGCAGUGCAUCAGGUGGCUUUGUACAGUAUGUACGUGGCCUGCAUGGCCUUCCACGCCAAAGUGAGCGACCCCAUCAUCGGCGGGACCUACAUGACGCUGCUGAACACGGUUACUAACCUAGGAGGGAACUGGCCCUCCACCUUGGCUCUGUGGAUGGUGGAUCCACUGACCUCAAAGGAGUGCCAGGGAGCCGUCGGGCAAAGCUGCGGCUCCCCAGAGGAGGCGGGGCUGUGCGUCAAGGAGGGCGGAGCGUGCGUGACAACGCUGGACGGAUACUACGUGGAGUCUGUGGUGUGCGUCGUGAUUGGCUUAGCCUGGUGGGUGUGGCUAGGGAAGAAAAUGAGGAGGCUGCAGGACGAGAGCCCCUCUGCAUGGAGGUGCAGAGUUAAUCAGUGAGGACGCUUUUAUCAUCACCACACGACUCUUUUUUCUUACGUCUCUGCAUAUUCUCCUCCAAACACGGCUGAGUGCUGGACAUACUGUAUCUCCAUCUUCAUCCAUCCAGUCCCGCUUUAGCUGCUGCAUUCAGAAAACACUCGCUCGGUUUCACUUCUGUCACCUCGGAAAACAUUAAUAUGAAGAAAUAUACUAUCUUUGUCUUCUGUGGAGGUAAAAAGCCCCUCUCAUCAUCACUUGUACUGACUGUAACAGUGUCCUUCGGAAAACUGAAACAACCAUUCAUAUUAGCUGAGAACUUCUGUUGGAAAUAUGAACUGUUGUUUUUUUAAAAUCUUUUGAAACCAUACUCUGCUGCUAUAAAUAGCACCACCAAACCAGAGCUGGGUCAAAUAGCACUUUCAAAUGACUUGUUUGUUUUAACCUGCACGGAUGGCAGAUGGUUGAGUUUGUUGCAUUUGAUCACCUAAAGACAAAAAUGGCAGCAAAAGUAGAAGAAAAAAAAACCUUGAAAUUUGAGCCCUAUAAUAUCCAGAAAUCUUGUCAAUUGAUUUUUUAGUAAAUUCAGCACUGUAUAUUCAUGUUCACACUCCUGGCCAGUUAUUUACUCUUUAUUAUUCUAUAAUAAAGGACGCCAAAAGGAAAAGAUGUAAAACAGUAGAAAUGCUUGUCUCUGUAAUAACCAUAUUUUCAGGUGUUGUAACAGAAGUACUUAUACAGUAUAUAAUACAGUAUAUAAUCCCUAUUUACAUUUACUGUGUAUGUAUUACUUUCAGGGUGAGAUAUUUAGUUGUCUUGCCUCCAACUAUUUAAACUGCCCCAAAGCUGUUAAACUCAACCUGUCUCCUAAUCCAGGUUAAAGCCGGUUUGAAGGUAAACGUUCACUGCUGUUUGACUCACACACAUUUGACUGAAUCGAUGUUCUUUUUAAAAAAAAUGAUGAUUUAAAUGUCUGUGUUUUUUCUUUUUCAUUUUAAGUUUUCGGUGCCUUGUUUAGUUUGAAUUUGAAGACAUCCAACAACAAUUCAAAGUUUGUUUCCGCUGUACUUAAAUAAUUGAGUUAGGGAACUUUAUGAUCACUUGAAAAUGCAACAGAUACAUUUAAUGAGUAACACUGUAAUUCGGUAAUACUGUUUGUUAAUAUUUGGUAACAUAUUGUAGUAGAUUACAUAAAACAGCAUCAUUACUUCAGUUAUUUCUCUUUUACAAAGUACAGAGUACAAAGUUUAGUUCACAUUCCUUAUAAAGAAUUUAAUUUGCACAGCAUGCUUGUAAAACUUCAGCAAUGGUUGAAUGAACUGAUAAUCUUUUUUUUUAAUACAAAUUUCCUUUUAUUUAUUUAUUUUUUUUUUUUUACAGCUGGUUCCCUUAAAUCUGAUCAGUUAUACCUGUUACAGGACCAAUUCAGACCUUAAAUAACAACAUAGCACAGUGCAGCUUUACACUUUCUGGACAUCUCGGUUAUAAAAAGGGUCUGGAAGAGAAGUUAUUUUUAAGUUGCAAGACGAAAAAACUACUGCUGAUCAACAUAUCCACUGAUGAUGUGUGGAAUUUCCUAUUUAUUAUAUUCCAAAGUUUUAUAGAUGCUUUAUUUUGUAUUGUUUCAUUACAGGAGCUCUAUUAUAGACACUUAAACAUCCACAAAGCCUGUCGUGAUCUGUGUUGUUGAUCAAAGACGCCAUCUGAGUGGGACUUUAACCAUCACUGUAUGCUUUUAGAUACAUUUUAUUUACUUUCAGGUUUCAAACCAAUGAUCACUACAUAUAGAGUACAUGUAGAUAGUUGAUUUGGGGACUUUAAGUGGCCUGUAAAAAAAAAUACACUGAUUUAUUUGCCCGCAACAAAAUUCAGAUCCCGGACCAACAGCCUUGGUGAGACACUUGAUGAAUAAAAUCCCGGUUUGUGUUUUUCAUAUUGUACAUAUUAAGUGUUGCAGUGUUUUCUCUAAAGCCAGCAUCGAAGAUUGAACUACUCUGUUAAAUGUUAACAUUGACGUAUACAAUCAGGGUUCAUGUCAAUCGUUCUGACUUCACGUUCACGAGGAUGAGACAAAUUUUAACUAAUGUUCAGAUUUCUUACUGUGUGGCCCACAGGUCAAAGGUCAACCGUACUUGGAUUAUUGUAGUAGAGGUUACUUUCCCUUUUUAAGUGCACAGAGGUCUCUUGUACUGUACAUUAAACUCACACACUCGAGCAGCUUUUUCACUUCAUACUACCUGAUGUUGCUGUGAUGUGUAGUACGCCUUUUGAUUUGUGCCUCAUUUCUGUAAUAUGACGAAACUUCAUCCUGAGACCGUUUUCUGUAUUAAAGGACAUCAUGUUUGAUUAGAUUUUCUUUGAUAAAAACAACUGUAGAUGUGUUAAUUUCAGCAACAGGUGCAUUUGUUUUUAUAUUUUUGCCAGGAGUUUUAGAUUACUUUAAACUGGUAUUUAGUUGGUGGUGAAUUACUUUUUUUUAUGUAGUCUUUAUUUGUUUACAAUGAUUCCAAUUUCCCAAUCAGGAAAGAAAACGACAGCACAGGGCAAUGUGGCACAGUGAGAAAUUAAAAUAUGCUCGCAGCUCCAUGAUGUUCUGAUGAUGAACGUGAUUUCAUAGGCUGCAAUAUUGAGAUUUGAAGCAAAUCGUGUAUGUAAUAAAAACAAUAUGCACA